AUGAGGGUAAGGUCAGAACAUUGGGAGUUACUCUUAAGUUCUUGUACGACAAAUCCUGAAUUAAUUACUAAUCGUUUCAAUGGCUCGGAAGGGAGGGCCAAGGGCAACGCAUUGUGGCAAACAGUUUCCACAAAAUUAAAUAGCUUGGGCUAUGGAGAGAAAACGGUCGAUGGCUGGAGAAAAACACUCACUGAUUGGAAAAGUAAAACCAAAUCUAAGGCUGCUGCCUUGAAAAGGGAACAGCAAAAAACAGGUGGUGGCCCUCCUCAGGCUCCUCCUUUAUCAACACUAGAAGAGAAGCUGCUGGAAAUUAUGGGUACGAAAGCCUUGUAUGGAGAUGAGUUGGUACCUGAACUAAGUUUUGGAAAAGUUCCCAAACAUGUUAUGGAUUCAAACGAAAAUGAAAAUCCACAAAUAACUGAAACCAACAUUACACAAAUCACCACAUCUACUGAACAUGACUAUUGUGAAGAGGUGAUAGCAGGCAGUAGCAAUAAAAAUGUAAAAAGGAAGUUAGAGCACCAAUGUAAAUCUGCAAAAAAGAUUUUAAAAUCAAGACCAAUGCAAUCGAAUGAGCUUGUAAAGUUAAGUAGUGAAACUGUUUUAACAUUAAAACAAAUUCUUAAUCAUACUAAUAGCAUGUCUCAGUCACUUGAAAAACUCAAUAAGAAUACAGAAAGUAUUGCACAAUCCAUGUCAAUAAUUGCUGAUAUAGCAACAAUUUAUCAUAAAUAGAAUUUUAAGUAUUAUUUUAUGUUUUGUAACUAUACUCCUUAAUUUAAGCUUUAAGUGGUAAUGGGUAGGUAUUUGUGUGUCUUUUGACAGACUUUAGUUGUCUAUAAAAAAAUACUCAUUAAUACCAAUUACUUAAACCUUAAGUUUUAAGUAUUUUUUUCUUUUUUAGAAUUAUUUC